AUGGUGGCAUGGAAAGAUGGAAGGGGCGAUUGUAUCAUAAGAUGUUUUGGAUGUGGCAAUGUUGUCUGUAGAAGGGCAAGACGGGCCAUGCUUCUAUCCAAUGUAAAGAUCGAAGUAUAUUCGGCAAAUGUUCCCACAGAAUGUGUGAAGUGUGUAAGAGACGGUUACCUGGCAUAUUCAUGUCAGUGUAUUGUUGUUGAUGCAGAAUGUAGAUGUUGCCGAAUGAUUCUAGGAUAUCAUAUUUUACAUCCAUGCAAGUUAUGCGAAGAGAUUGGAGGCAUCAGACAUGCAUGGAUCUUUGAUACAAGCUCUGUCAUUUCCUCCAUCAGAAGGGAAAGAUCAGAGGCUUGCUUGAACGUGUCUGCAGCAUGGAAUGGGGAAGGAGACAACGAAGUGAAGAUAAGAUAG